AUGGACUUUGGAAAUGAAAGCCAGGUUUUGUCUUCUACAGCAGAUUAUCAUGCUGCUAGACAACAGAGCGUGGGCUCGAAAUUGCAACAUGAGUUGGAGACCUUGUUGGAUUUGGACUUGAGCAAUCAGAGGCUUUCUCAAAGUGGCAUCUCGCUGCUGAAUCACGCACUCGACCAAGGGAACAAGUUGGGACACGACGAAGAUGAGUUUCUCAAGCAGCAGCAGCAGCAGCAACAACUGCUAGGGGUUCUGCUACAGCUGACGGCGCCGAGACAUAUCAGCGCGAACCCAAAUAACUUAGUAGCACCGGCUGCCGCUAAAUUCACCGCUUCGCCCAUGUCUGCGUUUAACCACGUCAACUUGAGGGCAGUCAACUCCUUGUCGCCUACGCCGCAAAUAGCAGCGUCGAAUCCGCAGUUGAACAGCUUGUUGGGUUCUACAAGGCCGAUCCCGGAUAGACCCCAGAGCGCCACAGACUAUGCCAGUAUUUUCAACAAGCCGGGCCAUGGGUUUUCCAAUUAUGGUACUCUGCAUUUAGCCACCACUGCACAAUUUGAUAUCCCGGCUCAAACUACCGCCACCACGACUGCUCAGAUCCCUGCGCAAUCCAAUUUUUAUCUGGACUUGCUUGUUUUCAGCAACUGGAUUGAGAAUUUGAACCCUCAAGAUACGAUCCUGAUGAUUGAUUACUUGAGUGCUAGCUUGCCUCUUGAUAUCUUGCUUGCUUUCCAAUCGAAAUUGAAUGCUCAUUUGAACUCGCCGGUUGAUCUACAACAACAGCAACAACCACAGCCAAGUCAGUUUCUGGGCUCCCCUUUUGUUAAUCAAUAUGGUUUGGAUUUCGCCUCGCGGAUGGAAAACUUGUCCAUCAAUGAUCAAGGUUCGAGCUACAAGCAACCUACAGCUAGUAGAAUCAAUAACCAUUUCCAGUCGCCGCCUCAAGUUCAUACUAAUCAGUAUUUGAAUAUUGAUCGGGGAAUCGCUAGACCGCGCUCGGCUGACCCUUUUGUUCACAACAACCAGAAAGCGGCUAGUGGUGCCAACCAUUUUGAGAGAUCCAAAUCGCCCACUUCGCAUUUGUAUGAAAAGACCAACUUUUUGCAAUUGGCUGCGGCGGUUAAUCCUCAAGCGAGCUAUGGGUCGCCGUAUCUCAGCAGCCAACACCAACAACAACCCCAGCAACAAUCCCAACAAUCCCAACAACAGCAACAACAACAAUCCCAACAACAGCAACAGCAACAACAGCAGCAAUACUACCAACCCAACCCGCAAUCCCACAACCAAGCGGGGUUCAAUGGUCUUCAUCAGGAUGAAACCAACGACAUGUCCAGCGCGGCGUUGAAACUUGGUGCGUUGCAAACCAUCAAUUCGAGAGUAGCAUUGGAUAGCCAUAAGAGAUAUGGACACUGGAACUCUCAUAAUAAUCACCAUAACAACAAUAACAAUAACAAUAACAAUAACAAUAACAAUAACAAUAACAAUAACAAAAACAAUCACAAUCAACAACGUCAUCACCAGUCACAACAGCAGCAACAGCUGGGGGACUUGGCCCUGAAUUUGGAUCAUUUCAGAGUCGAUGGGUCGAACAAUCUCCUCAAUCUCAACCACCACCAUCACCAUCACCAUCAUCACAAUCUGGGCCCUCUUAGCGCGUUCAACUAUGAAGACUCGCUCAAGCGAGGGAUGCAUUCUUCUUCUGUGCCCGUCAACUCCAACGCGCAGCAGAAAUCGGCCAAUUUCAAUUCCUCGAUGGGAUUAAGAAAGCGCGUUUCGUCUCCCGUGUCCUCGGUGCAAAUGCAGCAUCAGAACAAUUCAACUAGCUCGAUCAAUAGUCAAGGCGGCAGCGGCAGCGGCACUACUUCGUUGCCGAGUGAAGUUGCCAGUUUAGAGUUGUUAAACAAUAUCCCCGCGUGGUUGAAGUUGCUUCGAUUGCAUAAAUACACCGAGUUUUUAAAAGACAUGCAGUGGAAAGAGCUCGUUGAGUUGGAUGACGCUGAGUUGGAGCAAAAAGGAGUUGCUGCUUUGGGUGCCAGACGCAAACUCUUGAAAGCAUUUGACAUGGUUAAGCAAGCCAAUUUAUGA